CAGCACUGUUUGGCCCGAGCUCUGUACGAUAACAUCCCUGACACACCCGAUGAACUGAAUUUCCGUAAAGGAGACACCCUCAUCGUUCUAGAGCAGAAUACCGCAAAUAUCGAAGGAUGGUGGCUGUGCUCUCUAAGAGGGAAACAGGGUAUUUGCCCCGCUAAUAGACUGCGAUUAAUACCGGGCGUUUUCGAAGACCACGGUCAACAGAUGAGAGGAGGUUCGCCUUACAACAUGCUCAUAGAACACGGAGAUUUGAGCUAUUUGCAGAGGCAAGGCAAAAGAAGAAGUUGGCAUGUCCAUCCCAAUCAGGUAAUCACCCCGAAGAAAUUCAACGAUGUCUAUCUGUACGACAUGCCGCCGUCCAGAUGCGCCCCGCACCUCCGAGGGGCAGCCACCCCCCUCGGCGGCGGCCUGAGCCCCACCCCCUCCUCUGCCGCCUCCUCCGCCGAGGACUACGACGUGCCGCCGCGCGCCGUGCCCCUCGCCGAGGGGGGCUCCAAGAGCUGCCCCCGAUGCUCCCCCUCGCCCUCCUCGCAGGCCUCGCCUAGGGACUCCACUGGGGAGGCGUACGACGUACCUAGGCCUCUUUUAGGCCACCCGACCAACAACCUCACCCCCUCGAGCUCAGCCAGCUCCCUCACGACCUUCGACUCCUCAACCCCCUCUCGCCGCAGCCUCACCCCCACCACCAUACCCGACUACGACGUACCCAAAUCCCACCACAAAAAAGCACCCCCACUCCUCCAAUCCCAAACCUACGAUGUGCCCGCGCAUGCGCAGCAAGCCAAACAGCUGCCGUUGGAGCUGAAUUCGGCGUUGGAGUGUCUGGAGCGACUGCAGACCGACACGACGGCAGCCAUUUCGAAGCUGUUGGGUCACGUGGGGCCGCAAUGGCGGAGCAGGGAGCGGUUGGAGGGGGGCAGUCUGAUGGAGAUCCGGCUGGCGGUGACGAGGCUGAGGGCUUCGUUGCACGAUUUGGCCGAGUUUGGGGAGGGGGCUUUGGGGAACGCGGCUAGGGCUUCCGACAAGAAUUUGGCAGGUAAAUUAUCUCCUCUCGUUUCGGCCUUGAAAAAAUCCUACAGCCUCGUACAGGAAGCCUCCGACAACCUCUCCGCCCACAACUGGUCUCUCGACGUCCUCGCCAGACCCACCGUUGAAGAAAAACCGAGAAAACCCGACGAACUCGAACAACUGGUAGCCUGUUCGAGAGCCCUAACCGAGGACAUCCGACAAAUAGCCUCCUUCAUCCAGGGCAACGGUCUUCUUCUCUUCAAAAAGGACCACCAGGAGUGGGGUGAAGAGUACGACUACGUCAGCUUCGAAUCGAAGGAGAACAUGUCGAAGAACCAUGCGGAGAUCAUCAAGGAAUUGCCGCCCAACUUGCAACAGAACUACGACAACUGCGUCCAAUUGGCAGACACUGUCGCCUUCGAUGGGGACCACAAAGCCUUCGGGCUAGACUCCGACGACAAACGCCUGCUGAUCUUCUACGCCAACCAAGUGGUGACGCAUCACAACAACCUGACGCUCGCCAUCGACGCCUUCCUGCAAACAGUCGAACACAAUCAGCCGCCCAGGAUCUUCCUCGCUCACGGCAAAUUCGUCGUUUUGAGCGCCCACAAGCUCGUCCUCAUCGGAGACACCGUCCACAAGAACAUCUCUUGCAGAGACAUCAAAGAGCGGACUCUGAACUGCGCAAACGCACUAUCUGACGCGUUGGCUUGCAGCGUCAGUAAAACCAAGCAGGCGGCGAUGCAGUUUCCUUCGGUGACUGCCGUGCAAGAGAUGGUGGAUUCCAUCGUGGAUAUUUCCCAUUCUGCCAAGGACUUGAAGAUGUGUCUCGUACAGGCAGCGGUGCCCCUCUAAGUUUCACGGUAACUUUCCUUUUUAGGCUGUGUCAAGUCUCUGAUUUUACCGGAUAAAGUUUCACCAUAACUGUUGGGGAAUAUCGGUCAGGUUUCAAACCUGCUCACAAACUUACUACGUCAACUUCUGGAUGAGAAUCAAUUCAGCCAUUGACGAUUCGGGUAUCACCACUAUAGUCGUACGAAGGACUUGACACAGUCUCAUAAAGUCCCUUUUUGUGCUUACUAUGGCAGUGGCUUCUUUCGAAACGUUAAAUGAUCAAUUAGACAAAAUAACGAUAAUUACCCGAAGGAGAAAAAAAUUAGUUUUCGGAAUUGCAAGAGACGAUUCCAUCGGAGACACCGUCGACAAGAACAUCUCUUGCAGGGAGAUCACAGAGCGGACUCUGUACUGCGCAAACGCGUUGUCUGAUACAGUUUCCUUCGGUGAUUGCCGUGCAAGAAAUGGUGGAUUCCAUCGUGGAUAUUUCCCAUUCUGCCAAGGACUUGAAGAUGUGUCUCGUACAGGCAGCGGUGCCCCUCUAGAUUUCACGGUAACUUUCCUUAUCAGGCUGUGUCAAGUCUCUGGUUUUACCGGAUAAAAUAUCAUCAUAAGUCUGUUGGGGAUAUCAGUCAGGUUUCAAACCUGCUCACAAAGUUACUACGUCAACUUCUGGAUGAGAUUCAAUUCAGCCAUUGACGAUUCGAGUAUCACCACUAUGGUCGUACGAAGGACUUGACACAGUCUCAUAAAGUCCCUUUUCGUGUUUACUAUGGCAGUGGCUUUUUUCGAAACGUUAAAUGAUUCAAUUGGGGAAAAAAAACGAUUAGUACCCAAUGAAAGAGGAGAAAAAAUUAGUUUUCAAAAUUGCAAGAGAUGAUUCCAUCGGAGACUGUCCACAAGAACAUCUCUUGCAGGGAGAACAAAGAAAUGAUUCUGUACUGCGCAAACGCGUUAUUUGAUGCAGUUUCCUUCGGUGACUGCCGUGCAAGAGAUGGUGGAUUCCAUCGUGGAUAUUUUCCGGUAACUUUCUUUCUUAGGUUGUGUCAAGUCUCUGGUUUUACCGGAU